AUGGAAGAAGUGCUUAUCGAUCUACAUAAGGGAUAUCCGAUUACGCAAAUUGAUUGUUCACCUAAAAUGAAGUAUGUUGCUACAUUAAGUGAAUUUGAUAAAUCUGUGGUCUUGUGGUCUAUUGAAAAGGGUAAUCCAAAUUUGCACCGUAAAAACACAAUUUCAAUCGACAAUAUCGAUGUCGGAUCAGAAACUUCAACAACAUUUACAGUUUCGGAUAAUGGAUAUGUUGCAGUAAAACUUCGCGGACUAAAUCCUCGUAACUUUGAAAUUUACAAUAUCAAAACAGCCAAGAUAUCUUCUCUGGAUCUUCCUUAUUUACAUAAUAAUAUCAGUCAUUUAUCCUUUAUUGAUGACGAAAAGCUUGUGAUGGUCAGCAGUGAAGAUCACAAAGUAUAUAUUCUUUAUCAAAAGGAAGAAGGUGGCAAAUGGAUUCUCAAAUCAAUGCUCGAACUAAAAAAUUUCAACACUUCAGAUAAAAUAUACAUAACUUCCAAAGGAAAGUUAAUCAUUUUUAAAAAUGUGACUCAUGAGAUAAUGAUAUGGAAUUUGAAAUCUCCAAUUGAAGAACAAAUUUAUUUAAAAUCUCCAACUGAAGUACAAAUCUUGUUGGAUUGGAACCUUAAUUUCGAAGGUAUUGGGUUAAGUGAUGAUGAGGAAAUGUUAGGAGUAACUGCAAGCAGUUCUAAAUUAACGUACUUAUAUAUUUUUUCCACAAGAAAUGGAAUGAAUUUAUCAUCACGUACUUAUAAAAAAUCAGGAGAACAUUUAGUAAUGAUUGAUGGAAUCCACUUUAUUGCAUCUAAUUUCGGUGAACGUGUACUUAUCACUUCACAUGUGCAUUAUAUUUUAGAAAGGGUCAAAAUGAAUCUUAAUGUUCACAAAUUUCAUGAUGAAAAAAGAACUUUUAAUUAUAGAUUAAUGGAUCCCUACACUUUGACGGAACCUGUCAAUGCAGGUAAACUCUUUAGAUGCUUAAAGGCUAAUAUUAAUCCGCCAUACAUAAUUAAAUCGGACAAUAUUAUUUAUGCGAUUGAUGAUGAAUUAUUUAUCAAAAAUUUAAUAAAAGAGAAUUGUAUUUAUUAUUUGAGUAAUGAUUUGAAAGAUAGUAAUGACUGGAAAGAUAUUUGGAAUAAUUAUUCGAAAAAUAAUUCGAAAAAAGAUUUGAAUGAUGACGAUUGGAAAAAUAUUUGGAUUAAUUAUUUGAGACAUAAUUUGAAUGAUAACAACAAAAUUUCGACACCUCCAGAUAAAAAAGAAAUUAUUAAUUUUAUUAUAGAAUUUUGCAGUGAAAAAAAAGCCUUUCAAGGAAAAAAGACAUACAAAGAUAAAAAAAUCUCGACAAAAUGGACCUUAUCUUGCAAAGAUGUUACAUUUACACUUGAGGUGCUUCCAGACAUACCUGAAAUACCUAGAAAAAUUAAGAGAGAACAAAAAGCAAAUAUGUAUGUAAGAGAAUGUAAAGUUCUUAAAAAUGGUAAUCUUGUCAUGAUUUCAAACGAGUGUGUAAUUCUCUGGACAUUUAAUCCACUGAAGGGUAUAAGUGUGCAUUACAUUUGGAGUAUUUACGAGAGUAGUGACAAGGGGGUCACUUUAAACGAAUAUUGGGAAAAAAAAUUUAAAGAUACUUUGGCAGAAAGAUUUCUUCCACCAUCUGACUUUGAUGAAAUCAUCAAAGCAGCUAAACAAGAUGAAGAUAUCACUAAUUUAUAUAAUCUGUUAUUAGAUAAUUAUAUUAAAGAAAAUUUUUUUUUAGCAUAUUACGGGAAAAUGCUUAUGGAGGAAUUUUUAAAAUUAAACAAGGAUUGGUUGGUUGAAAAAUUAUGCAAGAGUUGUAUUAAAAAAUGCUCUUAUAAUGAUGAAUGUGAUGAUUUACUAUCAAAUAUUCAGUUAUUAAGUAUUAUUGCUCAAUUUUAUUCAGAAUUAGUUCAAAAGAAUCCUGCAAUUAUGUAUGAAUUUUUAUCACAGAUGGCAUUUGUAGUUCCUUCUACUGAGAUUGAUGAUGUAUGCUAUAAUACUUUAUCUUCUUCGCCUCAUCUUCAUCAUUAUGUGCAUGUACAUCAACUUCGUGAUCUAGUUAGAGAUAUUCAAAAUGGUAAAUGGACAACUAUAGAAAAACCUGUUACUUCUCCUUUACUUUUAAGAAUUAUUCAUAUUGAAGGUGAAUUUGAAAUUAGUCAAAUCAAAGAAGAGUUAAAAAAGUUAACUGAAGGUGUAUUUGAAAUUAGUCAAAUCAAAGACGAGUUAAAAAAGUUAACUGGUUCAUUUUCCGAAUUUUCAAAAGAAAUUAAAACAAAGUUAGAUAAGUUACAAGAUACU